AUGAUGGUAAUGAGACUGAACAAUGCUGGGCAGUUUAUGCUCUGUAUCAGUGUAUUAAUGGUGAUCCUAUACAUCAUCUGGUUUCGAGGGUACAAUGACACCGUCAACAAAGCAUUGCCGAUCGAGACUGGAAACACACCUAAGUUUGAGGAGGAGGACGUUAGAACAAAGAAACCUCACAUAGUUUUCAUAUUUGCUGAUGACUAUGGGUACAAUGAUAUUGGAUAUCACGGAUCACAAAUUAAGACACCCCAUUUGGACCGGCUUGCAAAAGCGGGAGUACGGCUUGAGAACUACUAUGUACAACCAAUAUGUACACCAUCGAGGAGUCAAUUAAUGUCUGGCAGAUACCAGACACAUACUGGGUUACAACACAGACAUAUAGCAGGGAAUAUGCCUAAUGCUCUACCAAGAGAUAGCCCCACCCUUCCUGAUAAAAUGCGAGAAGCUGGGUACUCAACUCAUAUGGUUGGAAAGUGGCACCUUGGCUUUUAUAAGGAGGAAUACUUGCCGAAUAAUAGAGGAUUUGACUCGUUUUAUGGGAUCUUGGCUGGACAUGUAGAUCACUACAAUAAGACUUACUGCUAUGACUUCUGCGGGUAUGACUUCCGUGAUAACUAUGAACCAAUUGUUCCGGUACCAAUGGAAUACUCAACUCAUUUGUAUUCUAGACGUGUUACAGAACUUAUCCACAAUUACAAGUCUACAAAGCCGUUGUUUCUGUAUUUGGCUUUUCAAGCUGUCCAUACUCCUCUUGAGGUUCCGAAACAAUAUUCUGACCUUUAUUCACAUGUACAUGAUUGGAACCGGAAAUUAUAUUCAGGUAUGGUGAGCGCGAUGGAUGAAGCCGUGGGGAAUAUCACAGCAGCAUUCCAGGCCAAAGGGAUGUGGGACGAUACUAUACUUGUCUUCUCCACAGACAAUGGAGGAAGGACCGAUCGUGGCGGUGUAAAUUGGCCGUUAAGAGGCGGAAAAGGUUCCCUGUGGGAAGGAGGAGUACGUGGUAUAGGAUUCGUCCAUGGCAAACGUUUGAAGAAUAAAGGCACAAUUUCUAGAGAAAUGAUACACGUAUCAGAUUGGUACCCAACAUUAAUCAGACUUGGGGGUGGAUCCCUUAAGGGUACCAAAGCAUUGGAUGGAUUCGAUCAAUGGAAUACGAUCAGCACCGGAGCUAUUAGUCCAAGGGAUACACUCUUACAUAACAUAGAUCCUUUGUAUGACCCCAUCGGGACAAAGCUGCCUGGCAGUCCGUUUGACAACCGUUACAGAGCUGCAUUGAGAUGGAAGAAUUGGAAGAUAAUUACUGGAGCACCAAGUAAAAUAAUCAUUGUCAUAGGUAACGGAAGCUGGAUACCGGCACCUGAAUCCUCUGAUAAGUUCCAGCUAGAUAUUGACGCGGAUAAACCGGAAAAGAAUAUUUGGUUAUUUAAUAUUGCUGAAGACCCCGAAGAGAGACGGGACUUACAGGACAAGUUCCCGAAAGUUUUAAUGUCAAUGCUUGAAAAGCUACAGGAAGCUAACUCCACUGCUGUGCCAUGUAAAUACCCUCCUGUUGACAGUCGGGCUGAUCCCAAGCUUCAUGGCGGAUACUGGGGACCGUGGAUAAAGUGA